GAGCUUCCAUCCUACGACUCCGUGGAGGAAAAGCAAAAGCUACAGGAAGUGGAGAGAACGACGAAGUGGCUGAAGAUGUUGAAGAGCUGGGACAAGUACAAGAACAGUGAGAAGCUGGUCAGGAGGAUCUACAAAGGGAUCCCUCUGCAGCUCCGGGGGCAGGUGUGGGGUCUCCUCCUGGACAUCCCCAAAAUCAAGGCGGAGAAGAAGGACUUCUAUGAGAAGCUGAAACUCAGGGCAAGAGGGACGUCUCCUGAUGUCCGUCAGAUCGACCUGGACGUGAACCGCACCUACCGCGACCACAUCAUGUUUAUGCACCGCUAUGACGUCAAGCAGCAGGCCCUGUUCCACGUCCUCACCGCCUACUCCAUGUACAACACGGAGGUGGGGUACUGUCAGGGCAUGAGUCAGAUCACAGCCCUGCUGCUCAUCUACAUGAAUGAGGAGGAUGCAUUCUGGGCCCUGGUCAAGCUGCUGUCCGGUCAGAAACAUGCCAUGCAUGGGUUCUUUGUUCCUGGCUUUCCCAAGCUGUUGAGGUUUCAGGAGCACCACGACCGCAUCCUAAAGAAGAUGAUGCCCAAGCUCAAACAGCACCUGGACAACCAGGAAGUAUUCACCAGCCUGUACACCAUGAAGUGGUUCUUUCAGUGCUUUCUCGACAGAACACCCUUCACCCUGACACUCAGGAUAUGGGACAUCUACAUCCUGGAGGGAGAGAGAGUCCUCACUGCCAUGUCCUACACUGUCCUUAAGCUACAUAAAAAGCACCUGAUGAAGCUGUCCAUGGAGGAGCUUGUGGAGUUCCUCCAGGUCACCUUGUCGAAGGACUUCUUCUUCGAGGAUGACUUUGUGAUCGACCAGCUACAGAAUUCCAUGUCAGAGCUGAGACGCUCCAAACUGGAGCUGCCCCCUCCAGGUAAAGAGGAUGAGUUUCCCAAGAAGCCCCUGGGCCAGCUCCCGCCCGAGCCGCCAGCCACCGCCAACCACAUGGUGAACGGGCAGAGCCACAGCGCCAAGGUGGAGGAAGAGAGCGUGUCACCAGAGCGCCCGCCGGAGAGCCGGCCCGGCAGCCGGGCCAGGCGGAACUCGCUGGAGAAGCUGGUCCGGCAGCACAAGGCCGAGAAGAGGGAGGCGCGGUCGCGAGGGUCCGGGGAGGCGGAGCCCAGGAAGCCGGCCCUGCCCAUUGCGGCAACCACGCCCCCGUCCCCGGCACCUGACACCGCCACCGCCCACGAUGGAGCCAAGGCGGCAGACCACGCAGCGGCCAACCACAACUCCAAUGCCGUGUCCGGCACCCGCAGGGACUUCACGCCGCGCUGGGUGAAGCCGUCAGAGACCAAGCUGGAGGCCGCCCGCUCUGCAGCGGCGGAGGGUGCCAGGGGGCGGGGGCUACCCUAUGGUGGGGGCGGGCCACCGUCGCCCUCCAGCUUGGACGAUCCCCAGCCCCCGCACCGCCGGCCGCGCUCCCGCGGUUUUGUAGCGGAUGCCAACAGGGGCUCCAACGCAUCGCAGUACGACAACGUCCCGGGAAUAGAGCACGAGUUUGAGGUGCUGGAGCUGGAGCGGCCGCCGUCCCGGGCGCCCAACUUCGGCACCCCGUCGCUAAAGCAGAGCAGCCCAAGCCGGACCCCCAGCAGUGCCGGGAGCACAACCGGGCCCAGAUUUCCCAAACACAUGGUGUCAGUCGGCAGCCCCGACCCGAGACCCACAGGGAAGCCCCCUCCAAGCUACACGGGCACCUCCGCGGUUUACCACGGGACCCCCCUGCAGGUCUCCCCAGGGAGGGCUGGCCUGGCCCCGCCCUUCCAUUCGCCUUACAGCACCCCGCUGGACCACAGGCUCGAGGAGCGAAGCUACGGCACCGCACUGCGGACCCCCGCGAGCCUCUCCCCUGAGAAAGCGCUCAUGAACAACUCCUACGCCACCUACCGCCGCCCGGCGCACCCCGGCAGCACUGCACCGCCCAGCCACAUUGCCGUGGCACCAGCCGAGUGGGGCGCACAGUUUGACAGCACCGCCUCGGCCGCCACCGGCAGCUACCUGAGACAGCCCACCAGGCUGAUCGGCGUCUCUGCGUUUCCGCCCGGGGAAUACGGGCACGAGGGCCGAAGGAGGCCGGACCAGCUCCCGCCGCUCUACCACCCUGAGGGAAGCGGGCGGCAGUGGAGCUAUGAGGCUGACACCCCCCCCUCCCCUGGCGGGAUGCCCCGGUCACCCAGCUUCCAGAGGGCACAGAUGUCGCCCGUGCACGAGUUUCGCUACCCUCCCGGCGCGGACGGCCCGCGCCAUUACAGGACACAGUAUCAGGAGCAGCAGCCCCCGACGAGGCAGCAGCUCCCCGCGGUGUUCGGAGGACCACACUACAGGCACGCUCCGGAAGCGUUCGCCAUGCAAGAGUCCAUGCUGCUGUGAGAGAAAGAGGGAGAGAGACAGCGAGACACUGAACUGAUGCAGGAUCACCUGCGUCACCACGAAAGCAAAGUUACCUGUCGCAUUCUCCUUUUUCCUCUGCCAUUUUGCAGUUUGUUUUGUUUUACAUGUGACAUACUGAGCUGAAGUCAUAAUUAUGUGACAGAGCACACCAGCCUAUGAGGUUAUACAGAUCUUAUUUUAAGAACUGGCUGAAGACUUUUGAUUUCAUUGUUGUUUAAACAUUAAUAUCAGAUGUUUAUUGCUUAUCAUAUAGAUUUGAGCAAAAUGUACAGUAAAAUGAGUUUUGUUAAUAUACAGAGCAGUUUAAGAUUCCAAAUCUGAAGAGUUUAUUUCCCCGAGUGUCAAAACUGAGCAAAUU